CCGUCUGCCAUCCAGGCCAAAAUCAUCUCGGCCGCGGCGAGCGCGCCUGCCCAGCAUCAGAGUCUCAAAAGGACGGCGCAGGAAGCAUUCGAGGGUACGCUUUCCGCCAUGUCUCAUUAUUUUCGUAUGAGAAGCCAUCACUCAGUUACUCUAAACAUGUCCGCUUCAAUCGACACGCGUAGUUAUCAUGCUGCGGUUACGGUUGUUCAGUUUUGAGUGUGUGCGCAUCCAUGAAAUUUUUGUCGUCCUUGGUACUCACGACUGAAUGUAGAGGCGCCUGCAACGCCACCACUGGUCAAGAUGCAAGGAACACCAUAUGCGCCGCAACGACACAUCAACGACCAUUAUGACAUCGUGGGUUUCAUCAGCAGCGGCACCUAUGGCCGCGUCUACAAAGCGGUCUCCAAACGAAACACUGCUCAGCCUGCUCAGCCGGUCAAGCAUCCCUUGAGCGGUCGAACAAUCGAAGCUUUCGCUAUAAAAAAGUUCAAGCCCGAUAAAGAAGGUGCCGAAUUGCAAUACACCGGCAUAUCGCAAUCUGCCAUUCGUGAAAUGGCAUUGUGUACGGAGCUUUCUCAUCAAGCCCUCAUUCACCUGGUCGAGAUCAUUUUGGAAAGCAAGUGCAUCUUCAUGGUCUUCGAAUACGCCGAGCAUGAUCUGUUGCAGCUCAUUCAUCACCACAGCCUGCUCCCUCGCACACCUAUUCCGGCCGUUACACUCCGCUCCUGUAUGUACCAAUUGCUCUCUGGCCUGCUUUAUCUUCACCAGAACUGGGUCAUACAUCGUGAUCUCAAACCCGCAAACAUCAUGGUCACCUCCUCCGGCGCCAUUAAAAUCGGAGACCUUGGAUUAGCUCGCCUAUUCUACAAGCCUCUACAGGCCUUAUUCAGCGGCGACAAGGUCGUCGUGACUAUAUGGUACCGUGCACCGGAGCUGCUACUGGGUAGCAGGCAUUACACGCCUGCCAUUGACCUUUGGGCUGUCGGAUGCAUCUUCGCCGAACUGUUGAGCCUGCGACCGAUCUUCAAGGGCGAAGAGGCUAAGCAAGACAGCAAGAAGGCCGUUCCGUUUCAGCGUAACCAGAUGGGCAAGAUUGGCGAAGUACUCGGCCUACCCAAACGCCAAGAAUGGCCUCUUUUGCAAAGUAUGCCCGAAUACAGCAGCCUCGCCAGUGUGAGCCUGCAUAAUCCUGCCGUUAAUCGCCCACUUACGCUGGAGAAGUGGUACAGAAACACGGUCCAGAACAAUAAUUACAGCGGCCACAACUCCUCACCACCGGACGAGUCUGCGCUGGACUUGCUUAGGAAGUUGCUGGAGUACGACCCGCUGAAGCGCUUGACCGCUGAACAAGCGCUCAAGCAUCCUUACUUCCUUGGCCCAGAUAGCAAUGGCAAGCCACCAAGCUGGAACUGCUUCGAAGGGCUAGAGACGAAGUAUCCAGCGCGGAAAGUGAGUACUGAGGCCCAUGAGAUUGGGACGGGCAGUCUGCCUGGUACUAAACGAAGCGUGCUACCGGACGACAGCCUCCUUAGACCUCCGCCGAAGAAGAUGAGGGAUGGAUGAGCAUUCUACACAAAAGCGCUUGCAUUAUGUACUGAGUACCAGCGCUAAUGUGGCAAAAAGAUAUGCAUGCGCCGAGUCUCUCGAUGACAGCGUCAGAUGUUCUGGAAGGUUGCGCACCUUGCCCGGCACCCUCAGCCGAGCACGUCCGAAGUCCUCGCAAAGAUUUUUACCACGCAAGGAGGGCGGAUCCAGCGUACUAUUUGCGUCAGCUCGGCGUUGUUGCUUCCUAAGCAAGCUACGUGGUGAGUUGGAUGCACUGUUCACCAUCGGCAGCAGGUAGCUGGCUUUGCCGCCUAUGAUGAUGAGUAAAGCAAGUGGCUAGUGACUGCAGCUACGCGAUGGAUAAGUGCGAGAGGGUGGCCUGU